AUGGCGACUGCAACAUCAGUGACUACAACGACAGUCACUGCGUCUGGCCGGCCAGGGCCCACAAGAACAUGCCAGUCGGGCAUGACCAUAGGCGGGCAGCGCCUGCUUGACUUGGAUUCGGAUUAUUACUCUGGGUUGGUAAACCUGACCAUACGGAACCAGCCGAACUCAAAGGGCAGGGCCCACAGCGACCAAGAUGACAAGAUGCCCAACGGACCCGGCGCCGCCUCCAUCUCGACCAUCGAGAGCAUCAUCAAGCCCGCCGAGGCCACUGGCGGCAGCGGCAAGUCAAAGUGCAUCGAGUGCGACGGCUACGAGUGCUGCUGCAUCCCAAUCCCCUGCGUCGUCAUGUGA